AUGGCAUCAACAACGGGAGAUAACCUGACAUCCCUCGAAGGGGACAUGCUCGCCGUCGAUCAAAAUGCGGUGGCUGACAGUUCUGCCACUGCGGCGGUGGUGGCCAACGGCUCGAUACCGAACGAAACUCCCUCGACAGAGGAGAAUGAGUCUCAUCCUGGUCCUGGAGGCGAGGACGACGACUCGGGCAAGGGGUCAGCAAUACCAACGACGCCCGGCCAUUCCCACCCCCCAGCAUCAGUCACCCCCCAAAUCGACACGGACGUCGUGGUUGUUGGAGCGGGCUUCAGCGGGAUCUCAGCCAUCUACCGGCUUCGCAAACUCGGCUUAAAGAUCCAGGCAUUCGAGGCCGGCUCCGACUUUGGCGGCGUGUGGUACUGGAACCGUUACCCAGGGGCCCGCGUCGACUCGGAGACGCCGUUCUACCAGCUCAACAUCCCCGAGGUCUGGCGGACCUGGAACUUCUCUAAGCGGUUCCCCGACCACAUAGAACUACGUCGUUACUUCGCACACAUCGACGCAACACUCAACCUCCGUAAGGAUGUCGAGUUCAACGCCCGCGUCAUUGACGCCUCGUACAAUGCCCAGCGCGGCCGGUGGACGGUCCAGACAGAUGCUGGCCACACCGCGACGGCCAAGUACCUGAUCCUAGCCACAGGUCUACUUCACCGCCGCUUCAUCCCCGACUUUCCGGGGCUCGAUCGAUAUCAAGGCGAGGUGCACCACUCUGGAUUCUGGCCGGACGGAGUGGACGUGCGGGGCAAAAAGGUCGCCCUGAUCGGCGCGGGCGCGACCGCGGUCCAAAUCACCCAGGAGCUGGGCAAGCAGGCCGACCAGCUGACCGUUUUCCUCCGCCGGCCCAGCUACUGUCUGCCCAUGCAGCAGCGGGCGUGGUCGAAGCUGGAGAACCUUGGCUGGAAGCCGUACCUCGAGCGACUGUUCAAGCAGGGCAGGUUGUCGCGGGCCGGCAUGCCCAACGAAGGGCAGCCCUGUGGCGUGUUCGACGUGACGCAAGAAGAGCGGGAGAAGUAUUUCGAAGAGCUGUGGGCUCGCGGCGCCUUCAAUUUCCAGAUGUGCAACUACAACAAUGUGCUUCUGGACAAGAAGGCCAAUCGCGAAGUCUACAACUUUUGGCUCAAAAAGACGCGCCAGCGGAUCUCCGACCCCGUCAAGCGCGACAUCAUGGCCCCCCUGGAGCCGCCGUAUUUCUUCGGGACCAAGCGCAAUCCGCUGGAACAUGACUACUACGAGGUCAUUGACCAGCCUAACGUCGAGAUUGUCGAUCUGAACAAGACGCCCCUCGAGACCUUUGACCAGACCGGCAUGAUCAUGACAGACAAGAAGCGCGAGUUUGACAUGGUCGUGCUCGCCACCGGCUUUGACAGUUUUACCGGGUCCCUGACGAAUAUGGGACUGAAGAACAAGGACGGCGUCGAUAUCAAAGACGUCUGGAAGGAUGGCAUCUGGACGUACUUGGGCAUGAUGUGCUCUGGGUUUCCCAACAUGUUUAUGACAUAUAGUCCACAAGCCCCAACCGCCCUAUCCAACGGCCCAACCAUUCUCGAAUGCCAAGUCGACUUCGUCGUCGACAGCAUCGCCAAGCUGGAGCGCGAAAAUAUAAAAUCCAUCGAGCCACUACACUCGGCCGAAGUCGAAUGGAAGCAGUUAAUUACCACCAUGAACGACAGGACCUUAUUCCCCUUCACCAGCUCGUGGUGGACCGGAGGCAACAUCCCAGGCAAAAAGGCCGAGCCUAUGACUUAUAUUGGCGGCAUCGACAACUAUGAAAAGCAAUGUCGCGCCACUAUGGAAAAUUGGAAGGGGUUUGCUGUGGUCAAGGAGGAUGAGGAGGCUCAAGACGGUGAGAAGGAGGAAGAGAAGGGGGGUAUCAAGAAGGAGGAAGAGAAAGGGGAUAUCAAGAAGGAGCAAGACAAAGCGGUUAUCAAGAAGAAUGACGGUAAAAAGGAACUAGAAAAGGAAGAAGAUGAAAAUAUCAAGAGUGGUUUCGUUCAUGUCGAAACCGUCAGCGUCAGUGCGGUCGAAGUCCAUGCCUGA